UUUACCCUGCCUGCCCAGCCCUGGCCCUGGGUGCGUUUGCAUUGCAGCCACUGCAUGGAUGCAUUUGGCAUGCCGCGGUACUGCUGCUCGCUCGCCCCUUCCGUGCGCGGUGCGCCACUGCUAGUGAGAAGAGAUAUAGCUAGGCUUCAGUGCGACGACGACGACGAGAUGGGGCACCACUCCUGCUGCAACAAGCAGAAGGUCCGGAGGGGCUUGUGGUCGCCGGAGGAGGACGAGAAGCUCGUCAAGUACAUCACCGCGCACGGCCAUGGUUGCUGGAGCUCAGUCCCAAGGCAAGCAGGGCUGCAGCGGUGCGGCAAGAGCUGCAGGCUGAGGUGGAUCAACUACCUGAGGCCGGACCUGAAGAGGGGAAGCUUCUCGCAGCAGGAGGAGGCCCUCAUCGUCGAGCUCCACAGGGUGCUUGGGAACAGGUGGGCCCAGAUCGCCAAGCAUCUGCCUGGUAGAACGGACAACGAGGUGAAGAACUUCUGGAACUCCACCAUCAAGAAGAAGCUCAUCUCCCAGGCCGUGGGCAGCCUCCACCCAGACCUGUACUACAACAUUCUGGAUGGAGGAGCCGCCGGAGCACAGGACCUCGCGGCCGCCGGAUGCGCGCCGCUGAACGGGGCGGACAGCGCGUCAGCAGCGGCGGCGCAAGCAGUGGGCGUGACGACGACGCAGCCUUCUCCUUCCAUGGCGCACGUCGACCCCGCGGCGGCGUGGGCGGCGGACUUCGGCUCCCAGACGCUCUUCCUCCCCGGCGGCGCGGCCGCUCUCCAGUACGCCGCCGCCGUCGAGGGGGAGUUCGUCAAGCAGUGCCGCACGGCGGCGGACGCCUGCUACCCGCCGGAGCCGGAGGACGGCGGCGGCGGCGCGAGGCAGUGCAACAACCAGGCAGCUGCCGAUGUCGUGACGGCGGCGGUGCAACCGGAAGGCGCCGGCCUCCCGGUGUUCCUUGAACCCAAGUGCGCCGGCAGUUUCAUGCCCGAGCCUGCUCUGGCUCCGGUGAUGGACUUCAUGGAAGCCAUCCUGGGGUCGACGGCGGCGGCGUCGGCUGCCAGCGCUUCGUCUCUCGACGACACCUGCUUCUCGGCGAACGCCGGCAUGCAGUCCCACUGUUGGAUUCCCUGAAUUAUUCACCCUAUUUACUUCCAUCGGUAGAUGCAUAUAUACAUGCAUGGAUGACUCUUCAUCAAGCGCGCGCGGAGUAUCAGAUAUGAUUAAGUAUAGAGUUUAUGAAAUAAUUAAUAUAGAUAUAGUAGGUUUCUCUCACUCUCAUCGAUCAGGGUAGUAACAACAUGGGUUACAUGUAAAUAUGUUUACGUACGUAUAUAUAAUGUCUAGUGAAGGCAAGGGCAAGCAUAUAUAUAUGAGUGGGUGUCAGUCACGCGCCAGUAAGGAAUAGUACUUGAAACUCCUUUACAGCUAAGCUAUAUGUUUGUAGCGUGCAUGUUAUUGCAUUGGACACGGAUGCGCGGCUAGAGAUUCUUACAUUAUUCAUGAAAAUGUGUCUGCCUCCCUUUUACUCA